GGCAUUUGGGAGAGAUUUUUAACAAUUGAAGAGGGAGGGGGGAGAGCAGAAAGUCAGCGGUAGCAAAGAAGUCUUGGAAUCAGCCGGCCUGGCCUGUCAACAGGUGGCAGAGGGAGUUCAGUCCUUCAGAGAGAAGAGAGGAGAGAAGGCAGAGAAGAGAGAAGGCAGUGAAGAGAGAAGAGAAAGUUGAAGAAAACCCUCAAGGCCAUGCCCACUCGACUCCUGCGGAGGGCCCUGUGCCUGUGGGCCCUGCUCAGCACCGUCUCGCACCUCAGCUACGCCGACAACCAAGCAGACCCCUCAGCCCCAGAGCAGGGAGUCACCUUCAGCCACGUCUAUAAAAUCGACAUGCCAGGGAGCUCCAGCUGUAAACUGGAGAGCCAGGACGAAUCAGGUCUGCAGACAGAGACGACUACGAACGGACAGAACGAUAUAAUCUUCAGACACAACAUAAGGCUGCAGACGCCCAAGUGCGACUGUGCGGAGUCUGACAGUUUCAAGUCUUUGUUGUACAGAGUCAAUGGGCUGGAAGAAGAAGUCAACUACCUAAAGACCCAGUGUACUCAGGGCUGUUGUGGAACAGGUGGUGCUGUAGGUGUGGACACAAGCUGCAGUGGCCAUGGUACCUACCAACACGACACCUGCAGCUGCCUCUGUAACCCGGGAUGGGAAGGCCCCGAUUGCUCAGUGUCCUCCUGCCCAGAUGAGUGUAAUGACAAUGGCCGAUGUGUGGACGGGAAGUGUGUUUGCCAGCAGGGCUACACGGGAGACGACUGCGGCCAGCUGACAUGUCUGGGCAAUUGCAGCGACAAGGGACGCUGCGUGGACGGGAAAUGUGUGUGUUUCCCGCACUUCAGUGGCGAAGACUGCAGCGUAGCCAAGUGUCCCAAUGACUGCAGCGCUAAUGGCCGGUGUGUGGACGGCCAGUGCAUCUGUGAUGAAGGCUUCUAUGGAGAGGACUGUUCAUCAGUGUUUGGACCUCAGGGUCUGCGGGUGGUGCAGGUGACGGACGUCUCUCUCCUGGUCGAGUGGGAGUCAGUUCGUGGGGCAGAAUAUUACAUUUUGACAUAUCAUCCCAAAGGUGCUGGAGCCCUGGAGCAGGUGCGGAUUCCCAACACAAAGAACUCCUACCUCAUCACAGGGCUGACUCCUGGGGUCACUUACAUUGUCCAGGUGUACGCAGUCAUCAAAGAAAUCCACAGUGACGCAGACAAGAUCGAGGCUACAACAGAUGUCUCGGCCAUCGAUGAUAUUCAGGUUCUUGGCCAGACAGAAGUGUCUAUCCUGGUGGACUGGAAGAACCCACCAGCUGAAGUGGAUCACUUCAAGCUCACACACACUGACCCGGAGGGACAGGAGGAGGAGCUGAAUGUACAGGGCAGCCAGGAGGCGCGCACCAAACACACUAUAGUCGGUCUGUAUCCAGGAACCGAGUACCUGAUCUCAGUGCAGGCCAUCAAGGGAACAACUGAGGGGAAGACGUCCUCUGUCACCGGGGCCACAGACAACGAUGCUCCGAAAAACUUUGUCACCACCCAGGUAACAGAGGAUACUGCAACGGUUUCCUGGGAUCGAGUCCAGGCAGAAAUCGAGGGCUACAUGCUGAGCUACACCUCCGCUGAGGGCUCCAGCCCGGAGAUCUCCGUAGGCCGUGACAGCACCUCGUACAGGCUGGUUGGCUUGAGGCCGGGAGUCGUCCACACAGUCUACAUCUGGUCCUACAAGGGAUACAAAGUCAGCAGGAAGAGUUCGACAGAGGCUGAAACAGACCUGGAUGCCCCUACUAACGUCUUGGCCCGCGAUGAGACAGAGUCCAGUUUCAGGGUGUCCUGGGAUCACACUCAGGCAGCAGUCGACGGCUACGUCCUCACCUACAGCUCCUCUGAGGGCUCAAGUGCAGAAAUCCCACUUGGAUCUGACAGUAACUCUCACAUGCUGACUGGCCUGAAGCCCGGCGUCCUCUACACCGUCUACAUCUGGGCCGUCAAGGGGGGCAAAGUCAGCAGGAAGAUCUCAACACAGGCUGUGACAGAACUGGACGCUCCCGCUAACCUCUUAGCCCGAGACGAGACAGAGUCCAGCUUCAGCGUGUCCUGGGAUCCGGUCCAGGCAGAGAUCGAUGGCUACGUUCUAACCUACAGCUCCUCUGAAGGAUCUAGUGGGGAGAUCCCAGUCGGGCCUGACAGAACCUCUUACAGUCUGAAUGGCUUGAGGCCGGGAGUUAUCUACACUGUGUACGUCUGGGCUGUCAAGGGGAACAAAGUCAGCAGGAAGACCUCGACGCAAUCGGAGACAGACCGCGACGCUCCUGCUAACCUCUUAGCCCGAGAUGAGACAGAGUCCAGCUUCAGCGUGUCCUGGGAUCGGGUCCAGGCACAAAUUGAUGGCUACAUCCUAACCUACAGUUCCUCUGAGGGCUCUAGUGGAGAAAUCCCAGUCGGGCCUGACAGUAUCUCUUACACGCUGACUGGCCUGAGACCUGCAGUUCUCUAUACUGUCUACGUCUGGGCUUUCAAGGGAGGAAAAGUCAGCAGGAAGAUCUCAACCAAAGCUGAGACAGAUAUCGAUGCCCCCAAGGACCUGAAGGCUACGGAUGUGACACUGGACUCUGCCUCUCUGACCUGGAUUCCUCCUCUGGCGGACAUAGAAGGUUACAACCUCACCUACAGAGACGAGGAAGGCAACAUGGAGACUGUUGAAAAGCAGCUCGGAGCCAUCGUGAGCAGUUUUGCUGUGUCCAGUCUGGAGACGGGGAAGAGAUACAUCGUCACCCUCAUUGCCUACAGAGGCAGCAAGAGGAGUAGGGUGGUGGAGACGAUCUUUAAAACAGUUGGCUUCCUAUACCCCUUCCCCAUGGACUGCGUUCAGAUCAUGAAGAACGGAAAUAAGAAAAGCGGAAUCUACACCAUCUUUAUUAACAACAACAGCUCCAAACCAAUUGAGGUCUUCUGCGACAUGGACACUGACGGAGGCGGCUGGCUGAUGCUGCAGCGCCGUACAACCGGCAAGCUGGACUUCCUGAAACGCUGGAGGCAGUACAUCGCAGGUUUUGGCAACAUGACGGACGAGUUCUGGAUCGGGCUGGAUAAGAUAUACGAGCUCACCAACACUCCGACUCAGUACGAGCUGCGAUUUGACCUGGGCCUGGGCUCAGAGAGGGUCUACGCUGUGUAUGACAACUUUAAGAUCGAUCCAGUCAAGCAGAAGUUCAAACUCACCAUCGGCAAAUACAGCGGGACAGCAGGUGACGCCAUGACCUACCACCAAGGCCGAGCCUGGACCACUAUCGACUCAGAUAAUGACAUCUCUCUGGGUAACUGCGCCCUGACCCACCGCGGCGCCUGGUGGUACCAAAACUGUCACCUGGCCAACCUGAACGGCAAAUGGGGAGACAGCCGACACAGUUUGGGGGUGAACUGGGAGCCGUGGAAGGGCCACCUGACGUCCCUCGACUUCACGGAGAUGAAGAUCCGACCUCUGGGAGCCUUGUCCAGCAGGAAGAGGCGAUCGUUGUUGGCCAGAGAGAAGAGCAGAAACACAAACCUCCAAAAGAAAUAGAAGAGCGCCCCCUUCUGAAACUACAACACAAGUCUUCAGCCAUUUUAACCUGCCGUCACACUUGACUGGGAUAUAUCUCCUUUUAUUAGUGUAAGUUUUGCUCCUCUGACCACACAGGAAAAAUCUCUCUCCAAGUCUUCACCAUAGACUGUGUUUAAAGAUGGACGACAUGACAGCUCCCCAAAAGUGAAGCCAAAGUGUCUUUGUCACCCCCUGGUGGCUGGAUGUAGUAUAGGUCAUAAGCCCUGCCUCCUUAGAGGAAGAAACAUGAACCAAACUAAAAAGUCAAAGACUAUCUCAAAUACAUUUUUCUCAAUACAUUUUUCUCGACUAGGCCUCGCUAUUGUGGCUCCAUCACCCAAUUCUUAUACCACUCUGACUCCUAAUGCGUUCGUAUCGGGGAUAUUUUUGCUUCAUUUUUGGAUAGCGAGGGGAAGGGAAGACGCGUCGCCCAUCUUCAUAUACAGUCUAUGGUGUGAACACUUUUUAAUGGGUGGGUGGGGGGUUGGGGACUGUGGGGGGACAUUGCUUAGCAAGUAACUUAUUGUCUGUUUGUCUCAAGUGAGAUUUUAUCAAAAUUCCCAGGUUUAGUUUGGCAAAACUGUUUUGUUAAACUUCUGUUUCACUGAUUUUGGUUGAAACUUCAAUUAUAAACCAGAAAACAGUAGAACUGAGUAAAAUUGAAAAGAAACUAAAAAACAUCCAAUUAUUGCAUUCAUUUAAAGUUUUUUUUUAUAACAUGGGGUAGCAGCCUAGGAUAUUUGUAUUAUAUUUGUUACAUUCAUGUUCUAUGAAUAACUUGAGUAGCAACUUUGCCUGUGUAUAGUGGUAUUGUCAUCAUAACAUAAAUGUUUGAAAAAAAAGUGUGGAAAGUGUGUGUUUUGUUUUUGAUCAGGCUCGGACGAUUAGCGAGUUAGCGUCCUGAGUUUAUUGAUUAUGGAGCUGGCUGGCUGUGACACAUUAAACUGCCACUGUGCCUCAAAAACUGUCACAUCACAUUAGCUUGUGUAGGACAAGCUGGGGGAUAAUGGUGGAUGGCUGUGUAGAUUGUCCAUAUUGCUCCUGCUUUAUAUUCAUGUGAUCGGGACGGCGCACAUCCGUCAAUGUGAUGUGGCCGCGUCAAACAUCAACAACAAUCACGUUUGUUUGCCUCAUACAUAGAAAUUUAUCGCCACAGUCUUGUUUUCAAGCUGGAAAACUGACAAAGGUUAUUAGUACUAGUUUCACUCUGGCUUUAUUACUUAAUUAAGCAUUUUUUUUACACUUUUAUUACAAACUCUGUUGGUUUACGUGACAAGGACGAAGGACAUCAAUCAACCUGCUAAUCUGCCAUAACUGUUUUACAGCCCCCGCUCCUCAUAAAUCCAGAGUUGCCAACAUUUUUCUUUUUAAGACUUCAUGGGUUACGAGGGUUUAUUCCAGGCGAUACUCAGAAAGGCUUUUCAAGGACACAAAUGAGGAGCCACACUGAGGAAUUAAAAAAAACCUGUGUAUGACUGUUUUUUCUCAGUUUUGUCAAAUUAAAAGUAUAGUUGCUCAUU